AUGAAUCACUUGAUUCUCCUCUCUUCACUUCUCCUCUCUGUUUUCUGCCAUGCUGAAGCACAAUUUUCCUCAGACCAGAACAACCCAGCUUCACAAAACACAGCCGGCAAUUUCCAACUAAGCUUUACAGUAAUAAUUCUGUUCUUGAUCUUAACGAUUUUGCUAUCCAUAGUUCUAGCUCUGUACACAAGAUUCUGUCUCCGAAUCAGCGCAGUUCGAACAAAUCAAGAAACUCCAGACGGGCUAAUUAUAAGACAGGAUCCGCGAUCUUCUGGGAUCGAUAGAACAGUGAUCGAAUCGCUUCCGUUUUUCAAGUUCUCUGCCCUCAGAGGGCUAAGGGGAGGGCUGGAAUGCGCGGUCUGUCUCUCCAAAUUCGAAGACGUUGAAGUUCUCCGGUUAUUGCCCAAGUGCAGACACGCGUUUCACAUCGAUUGCGUCGAUCGGUGGCUACAAAACCACUCCAGCUGUCCUCUUUGCAGGCAGAGGAUCAGCGUCGAGGAUUUAACCUACACGAACAGUUUGAGGUUUUUAUCGAGCCAGUCGGAGGUGAGGGAGGACUCGAACGUGGAGCUGUUUGUUCAGAGGGAGGAUAGUCGACAACCGUCAUCCAGGUUUAGCAUCGGAAGCAGUUUUAGGAAACUCGAAAAGGGUGUCGAAAAGGAAGACGAGUUACCAAUCCGAGAAGAAAGCGAUGUUGUCGACGAAAAUGACAAGUUUUUGCAUAAGUUCAAUCACAAGAUCAUCAUGUCUGAUGCUGUGCUGAAGAGCAGGUGGAGCAAUCUUAGUUCCUCCGACCUUCUGUUCUUGAAUUCAGAAAUGCUUGGCGAUGUCUCGAGCAAUAGGUUUUCUACUUUCGAUUCAAACACGCUGGAAAACUCGACUGCACGGGCAACUAAAGAGGGUGGAGUCGAAAAGAUGAGUUCAUAUCCAUUAUCAAGUGGUGCUGAUACUUCAAACCCAAAAGGAACUUUGCAUCCGAACGAGAAGAGAUCGAUGUCGGAGAUAGUUGUUCAUCCAAGAUUCAAGGAAUUCAACAUGAGGAGUAAUAGUUUUAGGGAAUCCUCUGUUCCUGAGAACGCUACCAGAGAGGAAAGAUUGAAGAGGCUUUGGUUGCCGAUUGCGCGGAAAACAGUUCAUUGGUAUUCUAAUAACAGGGAUAAUAAGUUUAGACAGAUGACUUACACAAGAGAAUCAUUGAAUGUGUGACUUCAACUAUUGGCCUCACAAAUUUUGUGUUUUUUUGAUAGUUUGGCGGUUGCAUGAAUUUCUUCGAUCAUCCGAAGAAAUGUCUCGUUUAGGUAGUGUUACUGUACAUAAUACACACACACACAUAUAUUGCUGGAUUGUUGCCAGGAUUUCUCAUGAACUCCAUAAAAUGCUUUUUCCAGUUAUUGAUGUUGUCCAAACGGAUAUGUAGAGGUUGAGAUGAGACACAAAAAACUCCUUAAUUAGUGUGAAGAGAUUUGAGUUUUGGAGGUACAAAA